GUAAAUGGCGGAAAAUAUUAGCUCGAAUUCUGGUACUCAGUAUAGCAAAUUAAAUGACCUGGUUAUUCCACAGAAAGAUCCUAUUCUACUUCAAAAGAUUUUACAAAAGAAUGGGUCGGAGGCUCCUCAGAAGGAUCAGGUGGCAAAAAUAGGUCAAAAUCUUCCUCAAAAUUUACAAAAAGUGCGGAUUGUAGAUCUUUGUACAGAAGACAAGAACAAAAUUGGAGAGUUGUUUAAAUAAAGUGACAGACCUAAAACUCAGCUGCGAUACUAUUGAAAAGCGAAAUAAAGACCUUGAGGAUCAACUGCAGACGAAGAAUCAGGAAUAUGAACAACUUCUGAAUAAAUUCCAAGAAUCAGUAGAAGUUAUUAAGAACCUCAAGGAAAAAGAUGCUCAGAAAGAGCAACAGCUGGCUGAUCUAACAAGGGAGAAGGAGAAUAUUGCUGAAAAUAUCCAAAAACAGAUGGCUAAUCAGCAAGUUCCUCAAAAAGAGACACAAAAUACCCAGGAGACAGGGAGUGCUACCAUUGAUAAGACAUUUAUGGAACAAUUUAGCAAAUUUAAUAAGACUAUUGAAGAACUAUCAAUGAAUUUCAGCAUGAUGAAGAAGAGAGAUGAAUCCCCUGAACUUAUAAAAAUACCUAGGAAAACCCAGAAAAAGGGACUCAAGGGUAUGAUCAAGUAUGCUGAUUCGGAUCAUAAUUCAGAGACCGACCAGAGCCCUGAAAGAAGGCUUGGGUCUGAGACAGAAGAAGAAUGCUGCCUCAAAAAAUCAAAAAGAGUCAAGAGGAAAACUUCAAAGACCAGAAAGAAUGAAUUUAAAGCAAAAGACAAGAUUUUGAAAAACCAAAAGAAAAAGAAAAAUAGAAACAAUAGUAGCGAUAGCAACCAAGAAACAAGCAAAUUUGCUUCCAGACAAACUGAGAGGAACCCUCAAAACUUCAAUAAUGAGUUCGAGCUAUCAAACAGUAGAAUGAGAUAUAAUAAAGUUGCAGAGAAAGCGAUGGAUGAAAUGGGACAGAUUACAAGCGAAGAUGAAGACCUUAUGAUUCAUAAAAAGAGACAGCAUAUAAUUAGCUCUGCAAAGAAAGAAGAACCAAACAAGUCUCGUAGGUUACAAAACAUGCUUAAAAAUGCUGCUUUGAAUUCUGAGGAUAGUAUUGACCAGACACCUUCUUCCCAAGAAAUGGAAGAAGUUGUACCUGAAAGUCAUCCUUUCUCUUAUAAAAUUCCUACUCAGGAUAAUAUGUAUGGUCAAUGCUCUCAGAAUUAUGCACAGAAUUAUUCUCAGAGCUAUUCUCAGAACUAUCCUCAAAGUUUCCCUCAGAAUACUUUUAAUUUCCAGCCUGAGGCUACUUUUAGCCCUCAUAAUGAUCAGAAUUACUCUGGGCAUCCCCAGUUAGGCCAGUCUUAUCAGAAUUUCCCUGCAUCUCAGCCAGAAAUGGGCUAUAAUCAAUAUUCGAACAUGUACUCUUAUGGUUCUCAACCAGGGAUGGGAGUGCAGCCUGGGGCUCCAUCCAUGGUUGGCCAAUCUAGCUACAUGCACAGGGAGGUUGAACCUCUGAAGUUUAGCAAUGAAAGUCCUAUCAGAUCCAAAAACAAAUUUGGUGAGUCAAAGAAUGCCAGAAGAGAUUUAUAUGAUGACACUUUAUUUGAUCAGAUUUAUGAAAUGGAAAGCCAAGAUUCAAUGCAUAAAUAGCCAAAUAACCAAGAAAUAUCUCAAUUCAA